CGAAUUUGGCCGGCGCGUCCGCAGUUCCGCACAGAGUGCACGUAAAAUGAAGGCUGGCUAGUCUCUGUAGGUUCUUCUUCCUCCCUCCUCCUGACCAUCGCCCAUAUAUACACCUUCCUACCUGAGAGCCUAAUCAUUCGCAUCCUUCAAGCUUCAGCGGAAGUGGUACCCGCACCGUCCAUGUCGACGCCGCCGGCGCCUAGCCUACACCACAUCUGCUGCCUCCACUCUCUCUCCAUCGUCCUCCUCUACUUCCUCUACGUGAUUUCCUGAUCUGCCCCCACGAUUCACAAGAAUUCGAUCGAACAGAAGCCUACCUUGGUUUUUGUUCGAUCCAAAACCACAUUAGUAAGUAUUAGUUUCCUCUUUGUAGUGAUCUUGUGUGUUUCCCUCCUUCCAAGCAAGCUCGAUCUAUUCUGCACCUUUACUGUGUGUUGGUACAAGUACACUGUCAGUCCGUCACUAGCUUCUCGGACAUCGAUUCAUUCCUCUACGAGCGAACUAGAGAUCGAUGGUUCCGCGGCAGCGGCCGGCGCUGGCGCCACGCCGCCGCGCGAUCACCGAGGAGGAGCGGCGCCGCAACCGGAUGACCUCGAACCGGCUGUCGGCGCAGCGAUCCAGAAUGAAGAGGCAGCAGCGGGAGGAAGAUCUGGCCGCGCAGGCGAGCCGCCUGAAGCUGGAGAACGAGGCCAUGCGGGCCGCCGCCGGCAUCCGGCAGCAGCAGUGCCGCCUGCUCCAGCAGGAGAACCGGGUGCGCGCGGCGCACGCGCGCGAGCUCUACGCGGUGCUGCAGCUGCGGAACUCCCAGCUGCGGAUGCUCGGGCAGGCCGCCGACCUGCCCCUCGACGUGCCCGAGGUCUCGGCCCACCUCACGCAGCUGUACGGCGGCGGCCCACCAGCAGUGCCGCCACUGCCGCCAGAGAUUUAUCAAAUGCUGCAGUUCCAGCCGCCGCUGGAGCGACAAAUUGAUCAAAUGCUGUUCCAGCCGCCGCUGUCGCCAGAGAUUGAUCAGACGUUGUUCCAGCCGCCCGAUGAUGUCAUGGACGAUGAAGCUAGCUAGCCUCCCGAGUGGCGCUGAAUCGGGAACCAUGUACUACUACUACUACUACUCCACUAUAUUGUGUGUACGUACGUAACUACGUUGGCGUGUUUGCGUUUCUACUGUACUGGUAAUCUGGUAUGAUGUGUGCUAUUGCGUCCGUGAGUGCUGACUUGUCGGUCCGCUCUGUGAAGUCUGGACUACGUGUAAGACUGCAUGUGGUGUGCUUUUUUUUUUUCCUUGCGAGAAAGACUGUGGUGCGCUCAUAUAUAUUUUGAAUAAAAAUCUGGUGAAGUUGUGUGUA